CAACCCGUUUUUAAUUUUUCAAACAUUACUGCUUCCUGAACACAAAUCGCUUGAAUUGCUGGUUUAUAAUUCGAUCUUAACCACACCCUAAAUAUUUAAACGUUUGCUUUGGGCAAGUAUUCUAUCUAACAAAAACAAAACAAACAAAAAAACCAGAACCAUGGAGACGACGGUGGGAGGAUUAUAGUUAAAUGUUCAGACAUAAAAUGAAUGGGCAGUUCAACGUCACAACACGGAAACGUUAAACAUGAAAGAAGUGAAGGUGUUCGCGACUCAGAUUACCGUCAGAGACUGAGAGAGACGGGGUGUUUGCGCGUGCGCGUGCCGGCAGGUAACAGGUGCACUGACACAUUGACAGUGCGUUGACACGCCCUGCCCGUCGAGCAGGUAGAGCGGGUUGUAAACAGGAAAACGGUGGCACUGUGGAACGGUACCUACAGGAGGCGCAGGUGGAGCGGAGUCGAACCCGGAAUGAACCACAGGUGAUCGUCAACAGCAGCAGCAGCAGUAGUUUUGUCCUCGUCUCGGUCCAGACAUGAAGCUGGCGGUUGUGGUUGUCGGCCUCAGCGUGGCCGUGAUGGUCGUCAUGAUUUACCAGGCUCUGCACCAGGAGCUGCAGCUUCGCAGCCUGAAGGCCCGUAUGGUGGAGAACACGGAAGAGGUGAAGAGGAAGGAGACGGCCAUCGCUCUGGUGAAGAAGAGGAUCGAUGACCUGAAGGCUGCGCUCAACACUGCCAACGAGAAAGUGAAAACGUUGAACGACGCGAAGGCCAACACUGAGAAAUCCACCAAGGCCUUCCAGGAGAGUCUCCAGGCCUGUAACAACGAGAAGGCUGAAACUGAAAAGAAGAAGACAGAAAUCACAGCUACCUCUGAUAAACUUAAAGCUGAACAUGAGGAGACUAAAAAGACGACUCAGGACCAAAUCCAGGCCUUGAAACAACAGAUUCUGGAAAGAGACAGGGCUGUCUGUGCCUUCGCAGAUACAACAAAGGAAGACGCACGGAAACUCUGUGGAAUAAGCGGGGCCAGUAAAUGAAGUGACCUUAAAUUUAUUACACUGACUGAGAAACGUUUUAUGUAAACAUAAAUUGUGUAUACAAGAGUCUUUUUUUUUUUGUAUACGUAAGUACAUUUUAGACAGUGAUGAAACCCUUCCUUGUAUCUGAUAGUAUUCCAACAUUUUCAUUCAGUAAAUGUAUAUGAAUCAUUUGACAGAUAUUAAAAAAUGGGAUUUCAUUUUCAUGGAACCUUUAUGUCAUUACUUUGGGUAAUUCUCCUGGGUUUGUUUCUGCAAAGUGUGAUACAUGGUGAGUCUAAGGCAGUGGUUCUCAAACUGUGUAAAUAUUUGUCUCUCACCAGUACCACCGGUAUGACCAACAAUCCAGUACAGCAACACUGGCCUAACAUGAGCAGCUAAGACUGUAAAUGAACUAUAUGAGUUUAAUUUUAGUUUAUUUAGUUUAGUUUGAGAACCACUUGUCUAAGACACUACAAAUCACUUCUGUUACUUAGAGUCUUCCAACGCUAUUUUUAAGAGUGGCUGGUAUGAAUAAACUUGUAAAAUAAUCUAGUUUCACCCCUGAGCUGCUGCAUUGUUGGUUCUCUCUCCAACCACAGGUUAUGUGCAGGAUUGUAUGUUUAAAGAUGUUUCCUAUGUGAUGCGACAUUAUUGUAAGUGUAUGGUUAUAUUUUGUGAUAAGAAAAGGUGGGGAUGGUCAGUCACUUUAAACAAUCAAAUAUGUAAAUGAAGGGAAAUAUUUUGGUGUGAAUGCGGCAAUCUACCUAAAUGUUUAUGUGAUGUGUGUGUAUAUAUAAUAAAAUCUCAUCAUGUU